AUGGGUAGGAGCUGCAGAGCUGUUCAAGUCAUCAAAAACUGGAAGCUGAGUUCCUCAUUGAAUGGAGAGCGAGACACAGACAACGCCGAUAACAUGAGAGUCCUGUGCAUGAUCAUGUGUGCCCUGUUGGCCCUUCUCUGCCUGCCCGAGCCCAGCCAUGGAGCAUCCUACUUUGGGGACAGCUAUUGUCAAAUAAAUGCAAUCCAAGACCUCUCCAGUUUCCACCUGUCACUCCAGUUUAAAACCAGCCGACGCAGUGGACUGCUUCUCCUUGCUGCAGGACACAAGGAUUACUUGGCAUUGGAACUUCACAAUGGCAGGUUACAGGCACGAAUGAACAUGGGGGCAGGUGAAACCGUGCUGACAUCACCUCCAGGUCUGCAACUGCAUAACCUGUUGGAUCAUUAUGUGUCACUCACUUUAAAGGAGUCUAAACUUACAAUGGCUGUUGAUGACCUCUACACUACAUUCACCCCUGUGCAAGGAGACCAGCUUGAGCUCAACAUUGACCUUGGUGUCUUUUUAGGAGGUGUAAGAGAUAUAGAGGUUGAGUAUCUCAGUAAUGCCAUCCCCUCUCUCCGUGGCUGCAUGAGCAAUGUCAAGUUUGAGUCUCAUCAGUUUGAUAUCUUGGCAUCAGAGGCAACGAGUUGCCAUGACACUAAAGAGAGCUGCAGCAGUGAAUUUGAGGCUGCAGAUGGGGAGGCAACUAGUUUCAUUAGCCCAGAUUCCUUUGUGUCGUUUCCAACAUGGACCAGAGCCAGCAAUGGCAUUCGAACUCUUGAGAUCCUGAUGAAAACAACCAUUGAAGAUGCAUUGUUGCUCUUCCACCCAGGGCAUGAACCAGAUUUCAUUGCCUUGGGAGUAGUGGGGGGCUAUCUCAAAGGGGUUGUGGACCUUGGAAGUGGAAUGAUGGUUCUGGAUAAUGUGAAAGUUCAGUUAGAUGAUGAUCAGUGGCACAGGAUACGAGUCCAGAUUGAACCAAGCAUGUUUGAGAUAAAUGUGGACAGUGAAACUGUUUCUCUUGCUCUGAAUGGUUCUGAGAGAUUGGAUUUGGUCGGAAAUUUGUACUUAGGAGGCAUUCAGGGAAAGAUGAAGGAUGUAUUUAGAGAUGGAUAUUUGACAAGAAUGGAGGAUGAGAUCACCUCAGAGUCUUUCAUUGGAUGCUUGGGAGAAAUAAAAGUGAACGAGAGGGAUAGAAGUUUGCAAGAUGCUUUGAUCACCAAAGAUGUUCAUGUUAAAUGUGAGGGGGAGGACUAUGACUAUUCCAGCUACUACUAUGAGGCAGCUACAACUUCACCUCCUGUUCGAAAUCCAUAUGUUGACCCUGAUCAAACCGAAUGUAUUCCUACUAAGGACACACCAGAGGCGUUCCAAAAUAUCACCAAGCUCCUUGAAAUCACUCCUUUGCUUGUUCCUGAGGGAGGGGAGGCAUUUAUUGACCUAAACAAUCUCAGUCCAACAAUUGAUAUAAAUGCAGUGGGCAUUCGGCAAUCUCAAAUAAUCUUUACCCUUCUAAGUGAUCCAUCGUAUGGAUUAGUAGACAUGAACAUCAAUACUAGGCGCACAAAGAAGUUUACACUUCUGGAUGUGGUCAAUAGAAAGAUCAAAUACCUCCACGAUGGCAAUGAAAAGCACAGCGAUCAAAUCCAAUUGUAUGUAGCUGUUUACAGUGCCAGCUACCUUCCAGACUGUUUAAAAACGCCCAAGCAGUAUAUUCUUCCAGUUGAGAUCAUCCCUAUCAAUGACAUUCCUCAGCUUAGUGGAGGAGAAAUUACUGUCACAGAAAAUGGACGCACACGUCUGACUCCCAACCUGAUUAAAAUAGUAGAUUCUGACAAUCGUUGUGAUGAUUUGAUUGUCACUGUGACCUCACAGUUCAGCCCACAAGAUGGUUACCUGGAAAAUGCACAGCAGCCUGGAAGGAGCAUUACAGCAUUCACCUGCAGACAGCUUAAAGAUGGAAACAUUUACUAUGUUCACAAAGGAGGAGCCACAGCUGAACUCACAUUGCAGGUGUCAGAUGGAGAUGCAGUCAGCCAAUCAACCACCCUCAACUUGCAGGUCACACGGCCACAUAUGAGUCUUGUGACCAACACUGGCCUCCUCCUUACUCAGGGAAGUAACUCUUCCAUUGGACUCCAAAAUCUGGCAGUGUUGUCCCAUCCUAGGAAUGGAGAAAUCAUCUACAAUGUCACACAGCCUUUAAGAUAUGGAGAGUUACAGAUCAUCACAAGCGAUGGCAUGCCAAAAAAAGUAGCACAGUUUCGCCAAACAGAUCUGGACCAUGAGCACCUGAUGUACAUCUGUACAUAUAAAGGGGUUUUGGAGGAUACUGAGAUAGAAAACAUACAUUUCAAUGUCCAUCUUGGACAGUUCACCUUGUGGAACAAUACCUUUUUGGUUAAGAUCAUGCCCACUGAAGUAAGAAUGACAAAACUGAUUCCACUGGAGAUUGAGGGAGUUAAAGAGAAACCCAUCACACACACAGAUUUUGAGGCUGUGGUGAAAGGGAAAAAUGUGAACUCUGCAUCCAUCAGAUACUUUCUUUUGAAGCCUCCAACACUGGGAAUUCUUAAAUUGUCUGACAGAGACCUUUUGAAGGGUGAUAGUUUCACUCAAGAGGAUGUCUGGAAUAGUCAUGUCAGUUAUGUCGCAAAAGUACGUAGGAAUGUUGACAUGGAAGACGAAUUUCAGUUUAGAGUGUUUGCUGAAAACCAGUACUCUCCAACAUACGCCUACCGUGUUAUGGUCCGGGCUGAUUCCAACGCUCCUACCCUGACCAAUGAAAGGCUAUUUGUGUUGGAGGGCAGUGAGAGUAUUCUAACCAAAGAGCACCUCUGGGUUCAGACACCCAGAUCCACAGAUUUUGUGUACAAGAUCUCUCAACACCCUGAGCAUGGUCGACUCUUCAGAGACACCCCACCUGGUGAGCCAAGAUUUGAGGGAGCCAUUCAGUUGUUCAGCAGUGAGGAUCUGCUUUUGAAUAGGCUGAUUUACAAACAUGAUGGAUCAGAGACCAGCGAUGAUCAGUUCACAUUUCUUGCAUUUGAGCAAUCCAGAGAGAGUCCUAUUGUUCCAGCAGAAGGGAUGGAGACUGUCAAGGGAGUUUUUAGGAUAGAGAUACAAUCCAAGAAUGAUCAUGUACCACUGAGAGUCAUCAAUAAGACUUUCAAUGUAGUGAGAAAUGGACAACGUUUGCUGACCACAGAUGACAUUCUUUUCAAGGAUGAUGAUAUAGAUUUCAGUGACUCUCAGUUGGUCUACACACGUGUUGGCAUCCUUUCAGGAAGCUUGGUGUCCUCCAUGGACCCCUCACAACCCCUCUACCGUUUCACUCAAGCUGACCUGAGAGCCUGUAAGGUUCUGUUUGUGCACCAUGGAGCCGACCAGGAACGAUUCCAGCUUCAGGUGUCUGAUGGUUUACACAAGACCACAGCAUUAAUCCAGGUGCAAGCUGGGGAGCCCUACAUUCAUGUGAUCAACAACACAAUGGUUGUGGUGGACCAUGGCAGCACUAAGGUGCUAAACACUAGCCUCCUGGGUGCAGAGACCAAUAUGGAUGUUAGGGAUGACAGUGAGAUUGUAUACGAGGUGACAUUGCCACCCAGCAAUGGCAGAAUUACUGUCAGUGGAACUGGGGUUUCUCAGUUCACCCAAGAAGACCUAAGAAAAGGUGAAGUUUCUUAUGAGCACAGCGCCCAGAGUCUCAGGUCGGUUGACUCAUUCGGCUUCACAGUGCACUCCAAGGGCUUGUCCGAACAAGGCACUUUCAGGAUCAAAAUUUUUAAGCAAGGAUAUCGGUCCCAGCCUCAAAUCAUCACCAAUGAGACGACCAUAUGCUACGAGGGAGAACAUACAGUGAUUGAUCCAUGGCAUCUCAGGGUUGAACAGGGUGAUAUUAUAGCCUCUGAGAUGGUGUUCACAAUCAAAGAGCUACCACGCUUGGGCCAUGUGGUGAGACUCAACAAUGACUCUGACAGCACAGUCACUCCUGCCCUGGACUUCAUUCAUUCGUUCACACAGGAGGACAUAAACCAAGGCCACAUCCUCUAUGUGGCAAAUACUGUUCAGGGCCAGGACCACUUUACUGUGGACAUCAGUAAUGGCUUCACAACAGUUGAGAACCGACAAGUGCAAGUGAACAUUGUGCCACGAAUCAUCCCGAUAAAGGCUGAUGGCUUCACGCUGAGAGAGGGUAGUGUCGUGGCACUUUCUGAACAUGUGCUCAAUGUUACACACCCAUUCUACAGAUCAGCCAACAUUGAGUUUAGUGUGGAGGAGCCACCACAGCACGGCAGCAUCCACACCCUGGAUGGAUCAGAGGAUGAGCUCAGUGUCUUCACCUGGAGCGAGAUUCAGCAGGGAAUGAUUCACUACCUGCAUGACAGUUCAGAGACCACUGAAGACAAUUUCACCCUUAGAGCAUUCGCAUUGGACAUCAACCGUCGAAGCCUUCCCAUCACAAUCACAGUCAAGAUUAUUCCUGUGAAUGACGAACCACCAAGACUGCUGCGUAACACAGGACUGGAGGUCCUUGAAGGCGAGGAAUCUGAAAUUACAACAGAUGUAUUAAAUGCUGAAGAUUUGGAUACCCCUCCAGAGAAGCUGGUUUAUUCCAUUGAAGCACCAUCCAAUGGAAUGGUGGCUUUGAAAGUGUCCCCAAAUGACAACAUUGAUAACUUCACUCAGGCACAAAUUAACAAUGGCGAAAUUAUUUUUAUCCAUCAAGGGCCUGCGUCUGGAGGCUUCAGCUUCACUGUGACAGAUGGGGAUCACACAUCCCCGCUCCAUCGCUUUGUCGUCACAGCCAGAGAGCUCACUAUCACCAUGGAAACACAGAGUGAACUCAUGGUGUUCCCAGGAACCAGACAGGUGAUCGGUAGUGACAUCCUGAGAGCUGUUACUAGUGAAGAUGGGGAUGAGAUACGUUAUUCCAUCUUUAAACCACCUCGCCUUGGUCGAGUUAUCAAGUCUAACCAAAAGGGACGAUUUGAGGAACUAACCAAAUUCGCCCAGACAGACGUGGAUUCUGGUACUGUCUACUAUGAGCACCAAAUGCCAGACGAACCAUUUUGGGUGGUGCGGGAUUCCAUAGAGCUCAUACUGUCAUCACCACCAGCAUCAGACGUGCGUUACAUCCUCCCCAUUAUUGUAUCUUACUAUGCAGCCAACCGCAAUGUAUCAUCUCAACUAUGGAAAAAUAAAGGGCUGGACAUUGUGCAGGGCCAGUCAAAGGUCAUAGACAGAUCCAUACUUGAUGCCUCAAAUCUUCUUGCCAGCUUGCCCAAAGAAAGUCAAGCAAAUCACGAUGUGGUGUUUGAAAUAAGGCGCUUCCCUACACGUGGAAGACUUGUCCUUGGAGACUCCGAUUUAUCACGGGAUAACCCCUAUUUCCUACAAGAAGAUGUGAAUAACAGGGAGCUGGAGUAUUUCCAUAGUGAUUCAGGGGCAUCAACUGACAGCUUUUCCUUCCGUGUACGACUUAACCCUUCUGGCCAGUCCCAGCCGGCACAGUCAGGGGUUGUGCUGGAGGAGAUCUUCCUCAUCUCUGUCAGGCGGAGAGACUCCAAUCCUCCAGAGCUGGUUAGCUUAGACUUACUGUUGGAGGCCCUGCAAGGCUCCACUACAGUUCUCUCUACGCAGCACCUCAACACCAGUGAUCAGGACAGCACGCCAGACGAGGUACGCUUCAUAGUCACCAAGAGCCCAACAAAUGGCCGCCUGAUCUACUUUGAUACAGGUGACCACAUCAGCCAGUUCACCCAGGAGGAUAUCAAUAAUGGCCGUGUGGCUUUUGUUAGUGAUGGUACCCUAGAAGAUGGCUUCAUGGAGUUCUCUGUGUCCGAUGGAAAGCACCACACAGGGCCACACACCCUUCACAUUGGGAUCCUGGCCAAAAGGUUGAUACUAAGCAAGGCCCAAGAGAUCCAAGUGAAGCAGGGGGAUGACGAAACCCUUAUCACAGAGUCCAUGCUAAGUGCUACCACUGGGGGACCAAUUGAGGAAGAGGUGCUCUACAAAAUUACCAACGUCCCCAAGUAUGCUGCUGUGAUGGUUGACCGACAGCCCACCUCUGCUUUCACACAGAAACAGAUCAAGGAAGGGAGGGUAAGUGUGCGUUUUAUCAAGUCUACCUCUCCCAGGGACACUGUGUCCUUUGUGGCACGGAGCAGAGCAGCUAAUGUGUCGUCCACCCUCAACAUCACAGUGAAGCCAUUAGCCCAUCUAGCUCGUGAUCCUCUGCUACCCCAAGGAGCUACCGUUCUAGUAGAUCGCACAUUGCUGGAUGCAACUCCAUUAGUGAACAAAACCAGGGCCUCUGCAACAUUCACUGUAAUUCGCCAGCCACUAACAGCUCGGUUUGUGAGCAGGGGAGAGUUGGCAGAUGGCCAACCAGUGGACUCCUUCACUCAGAGGGACCUGGAUGAAGGGAGAGUGGCACUAGAGAUUUUGAACAGCACUUCUGGACAGCCAGGUGAAGGACAGAUUCAAGACGAGGCACAUUUCAUGCUCAAAGCACACGGUGUUCCUCCAGCUGAGUGUGUUCUCUCUUUCACCACAGCCCCAUAUAGCCCCUCAGAGACCUACGGAGCUAAAGUCCUUAAAAUUCCACCAAAGGUUUCAAAGCCUGACAAGGACAACGUAGGCUCACGGUCUGACCCAAGGGCUAGGGGAGAUGUUGACUGGCCAUAUGGGGUAGGCCCCACCACACACUCUCCAAACAAAGGUUCUCACAAGACACCUGUGUCCAGGCGAAACACACUAUGGGCCAUCCUUAUCCCCAUACUGGUGAUUCUCCUACUCCUGUUCCUGGCUGGUCUCUUAGCCUACUACCUGGUGCGGCGCAACAAGACUGGUAAGCACAAUGUUCAGACCGUUGCAGCCAAACCCAAAAAUGGAGAGGUCAGCCAAGAGACCUUCCGAAAAACUGACCCAGCCAACAACAUCCCUAUGUCAAACAUGGAUUCCAAAGAAGCAGACCCUGAGCUACUGCAGCAUUGUCGGACGGCAAACCCAGCCCUUAAAAAGAAUCAAUACUGGGUAUAA